AUGGCUUCCAACCGCCAAUAUGACUUGGUCCUACUCGGCCCAACCGGCUACACGGGUCGAUUCUGCUCAGAACACAUUGUUCAGAACCUCCCUACCGAUCUGAAAUGGGCCAUUGCAGGCCGCUCUGCGCAGAAGAUGGAGCCCAUCGCCAAGGAACUGAAAGCCCUCAACCCAGACCGCGCUGACCCAGAUAUUCUGGUGGCUCAACUCAACUCCCGUGAGCUCAAUGAGCUUGCACAGAAGACGCGACUCAUUAUCAACUGUGUGGGUCCUUACCACUUGUAUUCAACUCCAGUCGUCGAGGCGUGUGCAACCAAUGGAACUCACUAUGUCGAUGCCACUGGAGAGACCCCGUGGAUCAAGUUGAUCAUCGAGAAGUACCACGAGACUGCUAAAGCCAAUGGUGCAAUUAUGAUUCCCUCGACCGGCGUUGAGAGUGCACCCGCUGAUCUUCUCGCGUGGUCUCUGGUCAAGCGAGUCCGCGAAGAUCUCUCGGCUCCAACUCGCCAGAUUGAUGGCACUAUCAAAGAAAUGAAAUCCUCCGGUCCCAGUGGCGGCACCUUGAACACCAUCCUCACAAUGUUUGACUGGCUCCCAGUAUCCGAGCUAUCCAGAUCAAUGACCCCAUUCGCGCUAUCAGCCUCAGCUCCACCAAAGAAGAUCCCCAGCGAUACCAUCCUAGAAAGGGUCUUCGGCGUUCGCGCGAUCCGUGAUCUAGGCACGGUCACCACUUCCCCGUCCGCCAUCGCUGACAUCACCCUCGUGCACCGCAGCAGCAGCCUCAUGCCCGAACUAUACGGUCAACAAUUCGUCUUCCGCCAGUUCUUGUCAGUCCGAAAUGCAUUGAUUGGUGUUGCGGUGCACAUUGGAUUCGCAGUUGGACUCACGUUGCUGUUGCUGUCCCCUGUUCGCUGGUUGUUGCGAAAGUUCGUCUUUGCGCCUGGAGCUGGUCCUCGUCGUGAGGACUCGACUAACGAUCGUCUGGAGUACAAUGCUAUUGCAACGGCGGAUAAUGCCGAGAAGCAGCGCGCCUUUGGUAAGAUCUCUUUCUCGGGCGGUAUGUAUCUCUUCACUGGACUUUUGAUGGCGGAGGCUGCAAUGGUUAUCCUCAAUGAGGAAGAGAAGAUCAAGAAGGUGUCGCGUGGCGGUAUCGUUACUCCUGCUACUCUGGGUCAGGACUAUGUGGAUCGCUUGGAGAAGGUCGGCUGCAGCAUUGAGACCAAGGUGUUCCAGCAUUAG